AUGGCGUUUUCAGAUGAUGAUAGUAUUCUGUUUGAAUAUGAUGACGAUAUGGAUGACGAUGGAUCAGAAAUUUCUUUCAUUUCCGAGGACGAAAAUGACGGGAACAAUUUUGAACCUCCCAACAAGAAAGUGAAAUCUAGUUAUAAUAGGAACGGGGUUCUUGAUGAUUCUGUUAUGGUCGGCUUUAACGGAACUCUCUAUAGACCUUGGACGUUUGAGGAAUUCAUAGAACAACAUUUCUUAAGUCCUUUAAAGAAGUUGGAAAAAGUACAUUUGAAUGGUUGUACCGAAGACGAUUUAUUAAUCAUGUUACAAUAUAAGAAAUGGAAUCUGGAUGAAGUGAUAAAUUCGUUCUUUGAAUCACACGACAAGCUCAUGGAAGGUUGUGGUUUACCAGUUGGCAAGCCAUCAAACAACAAGUUUGAGGAGGUUGACAACUAUGAUUGUUUUAUAUGCUGUGAACUGUACCCGAAGACAACUGUUUAUUCGUUGACGUGUAACCAUCAAUUUUGUUUUAACUGUUAUCAACAAUAUAUUGGGAAUGAGAUUGUACGCGGAGAGCUAGUAUCAUGUAUGGAUCCAGAAUGUCAUUACACCAUACCUCAUAGAGAUAUCGAUCAAUUUUAUACCAGGAAAGACAAGGAGAAGAAUUUGAUUGUCACAGUAAAACCUUUGUCGUCCAAUCCUUUGUUGCAUUCAGCAGCUCGUUACUUGGUGAAUUCUAAACCAAAGUAUACCCAUUGUCCUGCCACCGACUGCUACAGUUUUGCAGAAGUAUUGGAUGACACAAAGUGUUCUUCGUCACAGCUAUUCACCGAACAAUAUUCUGAUAUGAAUGUGGAUUUAUCUAGGGUGCCUAUUAUUGGUUGCAGCGAACAUCACGAGUUUUGCUUUGAUUGCAAAUAUGAAAAUCAUUUACCGUGUCCAUGUUGGAUAAGUAAAAAGUGGAUCAAAAAAUGCAAUGACGACUCAGAAACUGCUCAUUGGAUUGAUGCAAAUACCCAUAGCUGUCCUAAAUGCUAUUCCUCCAUUGAAAAAAAUGGAGGUUGCAAUCAUAUGACUUGUCAGAAAUGCAAAUACGAGUUCUGUUGGGUGUGUUUAAAGGAUUGGUCUGAUCAUAGAAGUAACUAUUCUUGUAAUCGUUUCCGGGACGAGAGAGCUGAAGAUGAGAUUAGAAAAAAUAAAAGCAGGCAAACGUUGGAAAGAUAUUUGCAUUUCUACAAACGAUACUCCAUCCACGAGAACUCAAUGAAAGGUGAUCAAAAAACUUUGAAAAAAAUUGAUGACUUGACUCGCCUUUACAUGGAAGAUAGACGAGAAAAUGGCCAGACUUAUUUGUCAUGGAAUGAUAUUCAAUUUUUGCCCGAUGCAAUGAAAUCUUUGCAAAAUGGCAGAAAGACUUUGAAAUGGACGUAUUCCUUUGCUUAUUAUUUAUCCAAAUCCAAUUUUUCCGAAAUUUUUGAGAGUAACCAAGAUUUUUUGAAUCAAACAGUCGAAGACUUAUCAGAGAUUUUCGAAAAGAUUAUGGACAAGAAAAAUAAAAACAAAGUUGACACAAUUUUGAAGAACAAAGCAAAGAUUAUGAAUUUGAGUGAGUUGGUCAACAUGAGACGAACGACUUUGAUUAAGAGUUCACAAGAAAACUUGCAACAGGGCUUGUUAAGUUUUGAAAUUUAG